GAGACCCAUACAACUCUAUAAACCAUUUCCCCAUCAAAGCUCAAGCGAAAUAACUCCGACAUUCUCUUACGAGUUUCCUGUAUUUUGAAACGAUUUAUGUGUUCGCAAAGAAGCAAAAACAAACAUUGAAGAACUCGCGAACUAUUGUCGGCUCUCCACACCAACUUGAACUUCACCCAUACAUACCCAAACAUCGACCCAUUCAAACAAUCAUCAACCAACCCUCGAACAAAGCAAUCAUGACUAUCGCAGAGGAGUUCGCAACGCGCAAUUUCAGUAUUUAUGGCCAAUGGACUGGAGUUGUGUGCAUACUUCUAUGCUUUGCCCUAGGGAUUGCGAACCUCUUCCAUGUAAGCUUGCUUAUCAUCUUUAGUGCGCUAUGCCUUGUGAGCUCUUUCCUCAUCAUCUUCAUUGAGAUUCCAUUACUCCUUCGAAUUUGCCCCACAUCUUCGACCUUCGACACCUUCAUGCGCCGAUUCACAACUAAUUACAUGCGCGCUGCUAUCUACAUGGGUAUGGCUAUUGUUCAAUGGCUCAGCAUCAUUAUCGAUGCAUCAAGUCUCAUCGCUGCCGCUGUCCUUCUCACCAUCGCAGCGGGUUUCUACGCAUUGGCUGGUCUCAAAGGACAAGGAUUUGUGGGAAGCAAAACACUUGGUGGUCAAGGUGUCGCGCAAAUGAUCCUAUAAAUUCGGAACGUCGGUAAAGGGAAGAUGUGAAUGUGAACAAGUGGUUCAAACUUGAGUGAGAGGGUGAGGCUUGGUUCAUGGGAACAGGGGGUGAAGCGCAACUUUGGGGUUGAUUUACGAAACAGAAAAUGGGAGAGCAUGUGGGUUUGGUGCAAGGCGUCAAGGGUAUGGCAGCUCAUUGAGCAUGGCUGUUUGUUUUGAUGUUUAUUUGUUUUUUCAGCCCAGAAAAUCGGGAGUUUCUUGAGGCUUCAGAUUCCCUCCUCUCUUGCGGGUGUACUUUUAUACCUUCCAAUUCUGAUUUUCAAGACCGAAGCAUCUCAGUGUAUCUGGGUUGCAUCUUGUUCGUAUAUGUGUUUUUUUUUUCUUCUUCUCUUUCUCGGGGAGUUAGGUCAAGAGAUGAUUAGGUAUGGAAUUCAAUGGAAAAUGAGUUAUGAGGCCUUUCUAUGGACUUGCA